AAAUUUCACAAGCUAAAAAAGAAAUUACAAAGUUAAAAAUAUAAAAUAAAAAAAUAUACAGAAGAAAAAAAAUAAAAAAAUAUUUAGAAAAUUGAAAACAUAAAAAUACAGAUACAAAAAAUUAAAAAAAAAUACCUUUAAAAAAAAUAACACAAUAUUUGAAAACAUUAAAAGGGAAUUUAAUCAGAUAAACAAAAAGUAGGGAGUAAAAUUAAAACAAAAAAAAAAUAACUACGAAAACCUUUAAAAUUGCAAUUAAAUAAAUUAGUAAGACUUAGUUACCUAUAUAAAAAAAAACCCACUAUGCGUUCCCUACCAAUGCUUUGGCGUAUGGCCGAGGAUAUGUCCCGGAUGCCACGCCUUGCCUCGCCCUUUCACGCCUUCUUCCACGAGCCGCCCGUUUGGAGUGUGGCGCUUCCGAGGAACUGGCAGCAAAUUGCCCGCUGGCAGGAGCAGCAGUUCGCCCCACCGGCCACCAUUAACAAGGAUGGCUACAAACUCACCCUGGACGUCAAGGACUAUAGCGAGCUGAAGGUGAAGGUGCUGGACGAGAGCAUUGUCUUGGUGGAGGGUAAAUCUGAACAGCAGGAUGGCGAACAGGGAAGCUAUACGUCCAGACACUUUCUUCGGCGCUUCGUCCUGCCAGAGGGAUACGAGGCCGACAAGGUGACUUCCAAUCUGAGCAGCGAUGGAGUCCUGACCAUUACUGUGCCCAAUCCACCGGCGGUGCAGGAGACAAUCAAGGAGCGAGUGGUGCCUAUCGAGCAGACCGGCGAACCUUCUAAAAAAUCCGCAGAUGAACCCAAGAGCGAGACUAGUCAACAAUAACGACAUUAUCUGUGACUGAAAUACAACAAAUGCUAGUGAACCCCUUAUGUUUAGAUACCCCAUCCUAACCAAUUUAAUUUAAUUGUUGAAUUGUUAACUUUUAGAUUUUGUAACCUGUAUACCCCUAAAUUACAUAUAUUAUAUGUAUUUAGAAAAAAUAAAUUUUAAAAUCAUUAUUUAGCCAAA